GGCUCCCGCGCUCCGGGCAACGGCGGCGGCCCCGGAGCGGGUCCGGGCCCGGGGCCACGAUGCCCCUCAAGCACUGAAAGGCCCCCAGGUGUGGGAGCCAUGGAGAGGGGACUCCUGGCAGGGGCCGUGCGCAUCGGGAACCAGCUCAUUCUGGAAGAAGAUUACAAUGAUUCCUACGUUCCUGACGAGCAAGAAAUCCAGAAUUUUGCACCGAUAAUCGGGAUUGACCCCGAGAAGGAGUCGGAGCUGCUGUGGCUGGCCAGGGAGUGCCUGGUGGCCCCGUUACCCCCUGACUGGAAGCCCUGCCAGGACACCACUGGUGAUGUGUACUACUUCAACUUUGCCACGGGCCAGUCCACGUGGGAGCACCCCUGUGAUGAGCACUACAGGCAGCUGGUGAUCCGGGAGCGGGAGAAACUGCUGGCACAGGGCGGCCUCAGGAAGGAGAAGAAGGAGAAGAAAGAGAAGAAGCAGAAGAAAGAAAAGAAGGAGAAGAAAGACAAGAAGGAGAAGCAAUCACUGAAGCAAUCUGCUCCCUUGGGCCCCCACCUGGCCCCCAUCCAGCUGCCCCUGGGGACCCUCUCUCCGCUCCGUGGCCUCGCACCGUCUCAGUCCAUCGUCCUUCGUGGGUCACUGGACGUGGGGAGUGCAGUGGGCUCCGGCCUGAUCAGCAAGGGAAGAACGCAGCUUGCAGAGAUCUGUGAGCCCACCAGGCACACCAGGAACCUGCUGGGCUUGAUCUGUGACGAGAAGAUUUCCUUGGACACAGCAGCUCUGGAUAAAUGGAGAAACGAGGAGGAAGACAGUGAAAAUGAGAGUUUCCGUGGGACAUCAGGACUGUUAAAAAACGUCUACUUGGAUGUCGAUGCCCUGGGAGGCAGCUUUGACUUUGAGCUUUCAAAGGCUUCUGAGAUCACUGGGGAGGACCUGCGUGUCUCCAACUGCUCUGAUGGGGAGCUGGUUCAGCCUGUGGUGCUGGGCUUCCAGAGCCAGCUUUCUGAGGAAGUACUGGAUGCAGGGGCUCUGUCUCCUGUGUUAGACAGCCCCGUGUGCAAGGCCCAGGAGCUGGGAGGAGAGGAGAAAGACCAAAGCAAAGCCAGUAUAGAGGAAGAACAAAGCAAAAGAACAAAAGCUGCUGAGAGUGAGAGGGAUCUCAGCGCUUGUGAAACACCAGAGAAGGGUUUCGCUUUAGAAAACCCUGAUGGGGAGAAGGCGGCAGCCCCGGAGCAGGAGGAGGGAUCGCUGGAUAGCCCGAUGGAUCCAGAGGAGCUGUCUGCCCCACAGGACGCGCAACCUGAGAAGGAAAUCAAGCACCAGCAGUCCUUGAACCAGUCUAGGGAAGAAUCCCUGGAGGAAAUAGCCAAGAAUGUGGAGACAGAGCUCGAGCAAAAGGAAAUUCAUUUAUUUCAAGCAAGGGAGGAGAAAACUCAGCAGUCUCAGGAGGAGACAAGGCAGGAGGAGGAAGCAGAGAAGCCUGAUCAGCAAAAAGAAAAAUCCCUCAGGACUCCAGAAGAAGAUUUGGCAAAGGUUUCUGAGGAGGAAGAGUUGCGUGUCAGAGAGGAAGAAGCUGAGAGACUCUCAAAGCUGAGAGCCAGAAUCGCCUCAGAGACCACGGCAGAGGAGGAGAGGAUGAGGGCAGAGCAGGAGGCCGCGCUGCAGAAACUCAGGGAAGAGUGGGAAUCCCAGCAGCUGAUGGAGAAGGAGAGCCUGGAGAGGAAGCAGCAGCUUGCCUUGGAGGAAAUGAAGCUGGAAAUGGAGGAAGCCCAGCAGAAAGAGAUCAGGGAGCUGGAACGAGAGAAGGAACGGUUCCUGAGCGAGGUCAGGGAGAGGUUGGACAGGGAGAAGAAGAAGGCAGUGGAGGAGCUGGAGGAACAGUUUGCAAGUGAACUCCAGCAGCUGAAGUCUGCAGCAGAGGAGAAGCAUCACGAGGUCAUUUCCAGCCUGCAAACCCAGCUAGCAGAGGCACAGAGGAGCCAGGAGGCUCAGCUGCGUGAAGACUUGCAGAGAGCGGAUCAGAAAGUGCAGCAAAAGACCUUCCAAGUGAAGGAAUAUGAGCGUGAGCUCAGCGAGCUCAUGAGCGAGAAACGGCAGGAGGUGGAGAGAGACCACGAGAGGAGGAUGGAGAGGAUGAGACAGGAGCACCGGGAGGCCUUAGCACGGAUUAAGGAGCAGUUUGAGGAGGAGGAGCGGAAGCGGAGGUCGGAGCUGCUGGAGAGGGUGCAGAGCGAGACCCUGCAGCUCUGGCAGUCCCACAAUGCCCAGGUGAAGGCUCUCCAGGAGGAGCUGGAGGGGAAGCUCGCUGACCUGAAGCACAGGCACAGGGAGAAGGAAAGAAGAAUCCAGGAUGCGGAGAACGAGCUCGAGAUCCGUGCAAAGAGCCUCCAAACCAGAUCAGAGCAGCUCCUGAGGCAGGAGGAGGACCUGCGAAGGAAAAGGCAGCAGCUGCUGGAUGAGGACAGGAGGACACAGCUCGAAAGGGAUGAAGCUGCUUUGGCCUCUGAGCUGCGCCUGGAGGAGAGCAGGAGGGAGCAUGGCAGCCUCCUCGAGUCCGUCCGGCAGCUGAGGAAGUCUCUGGAAGAGCUGCAGGACCAGAAGGCUGAGCUGGAGGCCCAGGUGGACCUGCUGCAGACCCGGAGCCAGAGGCUGCAGAAACGCAUUGGUGAGCUGGAAGAAGCAGUCAGGAGCAAGCAGGAGACUCUGAAAGAACUGGAGGCAGAAGAAGGUGUGGAGUCUCCAAGAAAGCAAACUGAGCUCCGUAUUGAAGACCUGAGAGAAAGUACUCAAGCUCCCUCAUCCAGAGAACCUGCUUCCCCAGCCUCUCAGAGCCAUGAGGAGAGCGACUUCCAGUUCGAUCCCGUCCGGAGCUACAUCUCGGCAGAAGGGAUCUCCCUCCGGAAUGCCAAGGAGUUCCUGCUGCGCCAGACCCGCUCCAUGAGGAAGAGGCACUCUGCUCUGAAGGCUGCGAGGGUGCAGUGGCGCCAGGACCUGCAGAGGGCACAGGAGGCAGUGCAGGAUCCCCACAGCUCCCAGCUCCUGGAGGGCAUGCGCCAGAACCUGGAGGAGGAGGCAAAGCACUUGGACAAGAUGAAGUCGGCCAUGCAGAAAGGACAGGUGCUGCUGCAGAAGAAGGAGGAGAAGCUCAGCCAGCUGGAGUCUUCACUGCUGGAGGAGCUCUCGGAUGAGGAUACGCUGAGGAGUGCUGCAUGCAAGAAGGUGGUGACUUUUGAUCUGAGUGACUCUGAGGACACAGACAGCACAUCCAUUGGAGAACUGUGUCAGCCCAAGUUUGAUUUGAGGACGGAUUUAUGGCCUGUCCCCCAGCUGGACAAGAUCCAGCACUUGAGGGACUCUCUGCAGUGUAUCACCAGCGAGCUGAACGGGGUCCUGGGUGUCCUGGACUCCCUGAGCCAUCACCACACUCCUCUCUUCGCCUCGACAGCCCGUGAUGGCAUCCCUCUGUCCACAUAUUCCUCCUUGUCAGGCCUGCGGGCAGGCAGCUCCAUGGGAGAUAUUUCCAGGGUGUCUUCCACCGACAGGUGGGCCUGGAGCAGUGGGUUGAGCUCUAGUCUCUCCGUCUCAGGGCGGUCAGUGGACAGCAUCCUGGCAGAGAAAUGGCACAGGUAUUUCCCAGAGGGGAUCUCAUCGCUCAGUGGGAAUCCCAAGCCUCUGGACAACAAGCUGGGAUACAUACCUGCAAGUGAACAAAUCCGGCAGUUCCAGCAUUCCAGGUUCCGUGAGCCAGGGAAGAUGAGCAUUGAAGGAAUGAUUGAGAGCAACAAGAAAUGGCUGAAAAGCUUCAGGAAGGACUCAAAAGCACCUCUCUCCCCGCGUGCACAGAAACCCCCGGCCAGCAGCACCAGCUCCAACCUCCUCCAGCUGGGAAUGGAUGAAAACAGGCAAAUUAAGAUGCCGAGCCACUUGCCAUUUCGCCUGAUGAGGAACGCCUGCACUUCAAGGGAUCCCAUCUGUGAAAAAUGAUCUUCAAAGCCAUUUCUCCUGAGAUGCCCCUCACCCUCCGUGCUGUGUGUGCUCCUCGGGUGGGUGAUGAUGCACAGCCCCCUCCUGCUCUGCUCCUGGGUGGUGUGUGCUGGCACACGCCGUGAGCAUGGCAGGGGGAUGUUUACAUGCAAAUAGAAAUAUAUUUUUGAUGAACAUCAUUUUGAAACUCUUAA